GCAGUCCGCCGCGCUGUUGCGACUGCGCAGUGGGAGCCGGAGGACGCCGGCCAUGGCCGCCUGGCGGGCCCUGGGCAAGAGCCGUCACGCUCCGCUGAGCCGCGCCUUCGCCGGCCGCGGCUGUCGGCUCGCCCCGGAGCGCGGCGCCGAGUGCAGGGACGCGGCGCCCGGCCUGGCCUCCGGGUUCCGCCCCCCCAGCAAGUCUCACCGUGACUGGAUCGGACCGCCAGACAAGCUGUCCAACCUGCGGCCCGUCCACUUUUACAUCCCCGAAGACGAAUCGGCAGCGGAACAGAAGCUCAGAGAAUUAAGACAAGAAACCCAG